AUGAUUUCGAGUCGAACCCUCCUCCGCGCUCCUAAGGUCGCUACCCCAAGGGUCUUGACCCAGGCGGUCCGAAACUAUGCGGCUCCUGCUGCUGUGGAUAGCAAACCCCCGGUUGCGUUGUAUGGCGUUGACGGUACUUAUGCUAGUGCUUUGUACACCGCAGCCACCAAAACCUCGACCCUCGACAGCGUGGCCCGCUCCCUCCAAUCCCUCCACAACGUCUUCCAAAAGGACCCUAAGCUAGCCACCAUCAUGCAAGCACCCACCCUCUCCGUAGCCGACAAAUCACAAAUCAUCCAGGAGCUCCAGAAACAUACUGGUGUUCAGGACAAGGGUGACACGCUUAAGCAUUUCUUGGAGACUCUUGCGGAAAACAACAGAUUGUCACUUUUGAAGGGCGUUUGUGAGAAGUUUGGGGAGUUGAUGGGUGCGGCUAGGGGGGAGGUCGAGUUGGUUGUUACUAGUGCUUCGCAAUUAGAUUCCCGUACUCUCAACCGUCUCGAAUCUGCCGUCUCUAAAUCUCAAUACGUCGGUCAAGGCAAGAAAAUUAAGGUUACCAACAAGGUCAACCCAGACGUCCUCGGCGGUCUCGUCGUCGAAAUCGGCGACCGAACCAUCGAUCUCAGCGUCUCAAGCCGCAUCGCCAAGAUGAACAAGUUACUUACCGAUACUUUGUAA